AUGCCUUGAACAGCAACGUGGUUGGAUUGACUUGUCCAAGGUCACACAAUAUUUUAUUAGGGUGUGGCCGGUGAGUUCACUUUAUCCUAAAAGGGUGUCGGGGGGCUAUCUUUUCCUUUUCAUGCAAGGACAAUCUCCUUGAUGAACACAAGAGAGAAGUUAGCGUUUUCAAAACUUUCUUGUAGCAUUCUCCUGUGAGCAACCACCAAGAAGAAAGGAGAUAGCAAUAGCAAUACUCCAACACAAACACAAACAUGUUCGAUGGAGAAACAGACCAGUUCCACCAAUUCAUAGCACCAAGGACCACUCUUCCUCUUAACUUGUCUUUCCCUCUCCAUUCCUCUUCAACCCCAAAUACCUUCCUACCCUUUGAUCUCUAUAACCCUCACUUUCCUCUCCAAACCAAUCUCUUGCACCACCCUUCUCCUUCUCCUUCUCCUUCUCCUUCUCCCUCCCACAAACACAAGCAACCAAAUGUCAACGUUCAAACACAAUUGCCAGACCUAACCGAUUCCUGGACCAACGAUGAAGUCCUUGCACUUUUCAGAAUCAGAUCUACCAUGGAAAAUUGGUUCCCAGACCUCACAUGGGACCAUGUCUCAAGGAAGCUAGCAGAGCUUGGCUUUAAGAAGAGUGCUGAGAAGUGCAAGGAGAAGUUCGAAGAUGAGAGUAGAUACUUCGACAACAUUAACCUCGGCAAGAACAACUACCGGUUUCUCAGCGAGCUUGAGGAGCUUUGUCAAAACUCUGAUCCUGGUGGUUGUGGUGGGGACAGCCACCACCACGCAUUGAAGGAAAAUUCGAGAGACAUUGAGACCAAACAAUGUGAUGAUGAGGUGGUGGUGGAAAAGUCAAAGGAGCGCAAGAGGAAGCGGCGUGAUAGGUUCGAAAUGUUCAAGGGUUUCUGCGAGAGUGUUGUGAACAAGAUGAUGGCUCAGCAAGAAGAGAUACACAACAAGCUCCUCCACGACAUGAUGAAGAGGGACCAAGAGAAGUUCGCCAGAGAAGAAGCGUGGAAGAAGAAAGAGAUGGAAAGAAUGAACAAGGAGCUUGAGAUCAUGGCGCAAGAGCAAGCCAUUGCUGGUGAUAGACAUGCCACCAUCAUUGAAUUCUUGAAGAAGUGCGCAACUACUACAAAUCUUCCAAACUGUUCUUCUUCUUCACCUUCCCAAUUGCACCCGCAAAACCCUAAUAAUAACCCUUCCAAUGAGGGCAACAAUCUUGAUCCAAAUCAUGAUGAUCAAGCUACAUGGGAAGCAGAAAACCCUAGCACAAAUGACACAUUAGUACUACAAGUUCCUUCUUCCUCCAAUUCUUCCCCAGCCCCCCACAACAACCCUAGUUCUUCUUCCCUGAAUAGCCACAAUAGUAUUAUUCCAUUAGAGUCAAAUUCAGUUUCCACAUAUAAGAGCACUUUGGCCACAAGUGAGAGUUGGAAAGAGGAUGUUGGGAGGAGAUGGCCAAGAGAUGAAGUGUUAGCACUGAUAAACCUGAGGUGCACAAGUGUAAGUAACAGCAACAAUGAAGAGAAGGAGGGGAACAAGGGUCCUCUGUGGGAGAGAAUCUCGCAAGGGAUGUUGGAGCUUGGAUACAAGAGGAGUGCAAAGAGGUGCAAGGAGAAGUGGGAGAACAUAAACAAGUACUUCAGAAAAACCAAGGAUGUUAACAAGAAAAGGUCCCUUAAUUCUAGGACUUGUCCCUAUUUUCAUCAACUCAGUUGUUUGUAUGGCAUUGGUCAGGGAAAAAUUGUGCCACAGUCCGAAAGGGAAGGGUUUGAUUCUAAUCCAACCGCGAAUUCCUGUGAAGUGCCACCGGAAGCUGAUGAGUCUCCUCAAGUGGGGUCUGCUGGUUUGGUGCAGUAUGCAUGUUGAUCAUGCAGGUGAGAAAAUUCAUCAAACUUUUAAGAAACUGAGUAAUACCUACUCCUUCAUUUGGAUUGUGAUUAGGUUAAAAUUCAUUAGUUUGCCCAUUUUCUAUGGCGUAAUAAGCUCCACUAUUUUCCCUUUUUUUUUUGUUUUUGGUGGUGGGAGGACUUUUUUUUUUUUUUUUAAUCUAUAUAUA